AAGCCCAAACUGAGAAGAAAGACUCCCUCCAAUCCGCUCGUUUUGCAGCAGCGGCAGCUUCGGAACAGAGAUAUUAAGAGAAUAAACCAUAUUCUAAAGAAGCUAAAUUUUUAAUGGAAAAGAAACAGUCAGGCUCGCCGCCUAGCCUCAUUGAUUCGACAGUGUUGCUGUUUUGUUUUUGAGGUGUGUUUAGGUUCCAGGGGAUGUGGUGCUCGACCUCUCCUCCAUGACCAACCAGACCAUCAUGCUAGGUGGUGGUCUCCGUCAGGAUUGUGAUGCUAUUUCUGUGAUGAAGGCUGGAACACUUAGGUUCUCAAAACCAAAUAAGUACUGGGUUGAAAGUUCUCAGAAAAGGUAUACUCCUUGCGUGGAAGAUACUGUUCUUGGUAUUGUGGUGGACUCGAAAGCAGAUAAUUUUCUUAUUGACAUCAAAGGACCUGUGUUGGCCUUUUUGCCUGUUCUUGCAUUUGAAGGGGGGACCAGGAGGAAUAUACCGAAGUUUGAGGUUGGUACUCUUCUUUAUCUCCGAGUUGUGAAGGCAAACUUUGGCAUGAACCCUGAACUGUCCUGCACUGAUGCCAGUGGAAAAGCAGCUGAAUUUGGCCCCCUCAAAGAUGGAUACAUGUUUGAAACUUCAACUGGUCUAUCAAGAAAGCUGUUAAGUUCACCAACAUGUCCAGUUCUUGAGGCUCUUGGCAAGAAACUCUCCUUUGAAAUAGCUGUUGGCUUAAAUGGCCGGGUUUGGGUGAAUGCUGCCACUCCAGACACCAUCGUCGUUGUUGCUAACGCAAUCAUGAACUCAGAAUCCCUAAGUGGAGCGCAGCAGAUAAUUAUGGUGGAGCAUUUGCUUAAGAACAUCCAAUGAUCAACUAGAGGACUCCAUGGACAUACUCGGAACGCAGUAGUUGUCAGGUUGAUAAAGUUAGGUACAUGUGAGAGACAGACACCAUUCAAAGUUAACAAUGACUGCCGUAUCCAUUGGCCUUAUUUGCAUUAAAUGAGCAGUUAAACAGUCAUUUUGACCUAUUUCCCCCCCAUGUACUCACUGAAGACUGAUGAGUGAGUUAUUAUUAAUGUAUCAUGGAAAUCUUGGUUGUUGGCAUUUGAUUUUCUUUAUCAGUUUUCUGCUGAACUUGUUAAAAGUAUUCCAGCAGUAGCUGAGGCUUGAAGCUGAUCAAAAGAACAGAUUGUUCCAUUGAAUUGGAUUCAAUUUUCUAUUUAAAUUGCUUCUGAUA